CCUGGUUGGUUCUCGAAUCAUCUCGACCCGAGCUGUCCGCUUCCUCCCUGCAGCUCCCUCCCCCUCUUCCUCCUCCUGCCGCCAUUGUUCCGGCUCGAAGUAACCCAGCUUUCGUCCUUUCCCCGCCAAGGCGCUUCUCCUUUCACCUCUCUCUCACUUCUCCCCAAACCCAAGGAAGAGGAAGGCAAAUCCUAUAGACCUGACCGCCCCCCCGCUCCUUCCCGUUCGCCUCCGUCAUCGGGAAUUCUCUCUUCCUGGAAUUCACUCAUUUUGGCGUAAUCUGAUACAAUCUGAACUGGAUGCGGAUCUAUUCACCUGCAAUCUGUUUGCGGCGAUCUGCCUCAAGUAACAUGUAUGCCCAUCCCAAUCAGUUUCAAGGAGGAGUCACACAGAGUAUGGCCAUAUGGAAGUGCUCCGGGCUGCAGUCAAGCCGUUCUCAUAUGACAUCGGGAUCAGCCAAUUUUUCUUUUAAUAAAAAUUUAAGACCUGCUGAACCGCAGAGUCUGAAGUACUUUGCUAGCUUAGUGGGUCGACGAUUGCUUUGCGGAUUAUCAACUAGAGAGGGCAGUCUAAGUGUAAAGCUCGACAUGCUUUCACGUGAAAGAAUUUCGGGUAUGAAUUGGAAUUGGAGAGGCAUGCAUCAAAAAUUAGGAGCUACAGCUGGUGGGCUUUGUUUUGGAUUUUCAGUUACUGGGGUUGCAAAAGCUGAGAUGCCAGUUGACAGGAAUAUUAACUGUUCAGAAACAUCAACAUCAUCUACUCAUGGGAAGAAAGUCUACACAGAUUAUUCUGUUACUGGCAUUCCAGGAGAUGGAAGAUGCUUAUUCCGUUCCGUGGUUCACGGUGCAUGUGUCCGGUCAGGAAAAGCUAUACCUAAUGAAGAUCUUCAAAGAAAGCUAGCUGAUGAAUUGAGGUCAAUGGUUGCCGAUGAAUUUGUCAGUAGACGGGAAGAGACUGAAUGGUUUGUUGAGGGCGAUUUCGAUACAUAUGUUUCUCAGAUUAGGCAGCCACAUGUGUGGGGUGGUGAGCCAGAACUGUUCAUGGCUUCACAUGUUCUUCAGAUGCCAAUAACUGUGUACAUGCGUGAUGAAGAUGGGGGUGGUUUAAUUAGUAUCGCUGAAUAUGGCCAAGAGUAUGGUAAAGAAGAUCCAGUACAACUUCUGUAUCAUGGUUUUGGCCAUUAUGAUUCCCUACAGAUUCCAGCCAAUAGGGGUCCAGAGACAAGAAUGUAGAAUUUUGGAGUUCUGGACAAGGCACGUUGCAAAAGCAUUGAUCUGUGGAUAGCAGAUGUCUUUGUCUAGGGACAUGCUCAUAGAAAAUGGUAAGAGAUGGAAGACAUUCCAUUCUCUGUUUGAAGCUGCCCAACGAGCAAAAUUUGGAGCGAUCCAUUGCCUCUGAUUCUGCUGAAGAAAUAGGCAGGAACUCAACAAGGUAACAUCAUUAGGGGAGACGACUGAAUCCUGCUGUUGGUUCAUGUACUCACCGUGGACUGUUUCUCAGAAAACCUCACCAUGGAGUGGUGUAGAUAAACCUGUACUUAUAAGGCCGUAACUUGAUGUAAUCUCUCUUGCUCAGGCAAUAUAAGUUUACCGUUAGUCUCGUCUAUUUCAUUUGACGAUCUGGAGGUUCGAGUGCUAGCUUUUAUUUGAACAGUGAGUGCUUGCUCUGUACAUAAUGACUAAACUAUGGAUGACAAGUGAGAACAGAUCAAGUAAAAUGUUGGUUGACAGGCGGCAGAAAAUAUGGUGCCUACUGUCUGGUGUGA